AUGAAUAGGUGCAAAAAUCUCAACGACGCUGAGUUACCUGAUUCUGUGUUAUCGUUAAUCUUUUCCAAGUUAACAUUGAAAGAUUUGGUGAAAACUAGCGCAUUGUCGAAACGUUGGCGUCAUGAAUUGGGAUUCAUGAUGAAGAAUAUUAAGGAUCUCAAUUUUGAUGCAUAUAACAUGUUUGAUUAUAAUCAGCUUCAAGAGUCACAAGAACAAGUUCAACUAAGGACUCAUUCUCAAUUUGCCACAGGAAUGGAACAGAUAAUGUUACACUAUCAAGAUACUAUGAUUAAUUCUGUUCGAGUAAAAUUUCCAUUGGGUGAUCAACAUAGUGAUUUCAUUGAUAGAUUGAUUUCCCAAGCAGUUGCUAACGGCGUCAAAAGUAUUGCAUUGUUGUUGUCGCAUGAAACAAAUGAUAUUAGUUUUAUUUUGGAAAUAGAGCCUUAUAGAUUUUCCUUUAGUCUUUUAUCUAACACUGAUUCUCUAAUGUAUCUGCAUCUAGAGAAUUGCUUCCUAGCAGCACCUAAGGGAUUUUCCGGAUUGAAGAAUUUGAGAACUCUUGUUUUGCAUCUCAUUGUUGUGGAGAAGAAAUUGCUUCAGGGUUUGCUUUUCAAUUGCGUUCGUCUCGAAGACUUCACCCUUGAUGACUGUGACUUCAAUUCUAGGUUGAAAAUCAUUAGUCCAACAUUAAUUCAUUUGAAAAUUGUUAACUGUCGUGGUCACUUUGAAGGGAUGAUAGAUAUCAUUGCGUCGAAUCUCUCGUCCCUGGAAUAUUCUUGUAAUGGUUAUCGAGUACACCAAAUCAACCUUCAGACUCAAAUGUUAUCGCAGUUUAGCUAUAGAUGUUGGAAAAUUGUUGGAUUUAUUCCGUUAGAUAGAUUGAAAAAAGUGACAACAAUUGUGUUGGAUGGACUUGAGGAAUGUCUCCAGUCUUUUGUCAUUCCGUAUUUGUUUAAAGAAUGUCUCCAACUUGAGGACGUCACCUUUAAGAACUGCUCUAUUACAAAUUCAAUAGAAAUUACCAGUUCAAAGUUGCGUCAUUUGAAGAUAAUUCAUUGUUGUUUUGGGAAUUUUGCUCCUAAUAAGAUAUCCAUUGACGCAUUGAAUCUCUCAUCGUUUGAAUUCGUUGGUCACUCAGGGAGUAGAUUUUCAAUUGUGGCCCCAAUGUUAUCUAAGGUUUUUUGGAGUGCAGCUAUCAGAGAUAAUAGUCAAAAUGAAUUUGGUCCUAUCCCAAAAUUACAUCAGAUUGAAAAUCUAGCUAUACUCAUAAACUAUUCCCAGGCAGCAAAAUUAUCGAAGGUUGUGGGUCAACUUCAAAAUCUUAGACAAUUGAAGCUAUUUAUCAACAAACCAUACGAUUCUAAUAUGGAAUACUUUUUUAUUUCUGACAUUUUAAUGGCUGCUCAACAUCUCCAAAAGUUUUCUGUAACGGUUAGAAGAUCACUGAUAUUUGAUAGAAAUCCAUAUCAAAGAAGUAGAUAUGCAAAAAAAAUUCCCAACGAAUUGAAAUUUGUCGAAUUACAUGGUUGCGUAUGUACAAGAAAUGCAGUUGAGUUUGCUAGACAUUUGUUGAGGAAAGUGAAUUCACUUAAGAAAAUCACUUUCAGCUCCGAUGACAAAUACUAUUUAGGUGCUGGAAGUUGGACUAAGGGCAUAAAUAAUGGUUGGUUUGAUCGUAACUUUAUCCAUGAGAAUCUUAAAGAUGAAGUAAAAGGAAAAUGUCAACUUAUAAUUUUGUAG